AUGGUCGAUUGGAAAGACCCUGGCACUAUCCAGAUUCAGCGAUUGGCUCUUGUCAACUUCUGUCACCUUCUGAGCGGCAUAUUCUUUUGGGAGUUCUGUACGACUGUGUCUUUCGAGUGGGCUUUGGUAAAGAAUGGACGAGCUCUUCGGUUUGCACCCAUGGUCUAUAUGUGGUGCCGCUGGUUAACGUUGGGCGCAAUGAUAUCCGAGGUCGUUGGCUUUAAUCUUCACGAUGAAUACAAUUGCGAAGCGUGGUACAUAGCGCUCACGACGUUCGCCUUUACGGCCAUUGGCGCUGCGUCUCUAUUGAUAGUCCUGCGAGGAAUUGCAAUCUGGAAUCGUCGCUGGCUUCCGACCUGCUUCCUCAUCGGAGUUUGGUUGACGAAUGUAGGAUUUCUACUUCAUGGUCUCAUCGCAGGCGCUCACUCUGUAUGGGAUGACUCAAUUGGUGCUUGUACAUUUCCAGACCGCGAUUCCGCUCGGGACAACGUCGUGGUCACGCUCGUAACAGACGUUAUUCUUUUGUGCGCUGCCAUCAUUGGCCUCCUGCGCAUGCAACUAGGAGGAGGGCUCUGGAAACGAAUCCUUAAUCAAGAAAUAAUAUGGAUCGCGUCUGCAACAUUCUUUGGCCUACCUGGAACGGUAUUCUUGGUACUGGAUCUCAACGAGCCCAUGGACAUAAUGUUCCAAAGUCUCACCAUGGUAUCGAUGACUAUCUGCGCCACGAGGAUGUUCCGUGAUCUAUCGGAAUAUGCAAAACAGCCAAUCCAGGGCGACCUCCUCAAUAGGCCCUCGCUCAUAAACAUAGCACGCGAAAGCAGGCCAUCGGAC